AUGCCGCAUGUCAUCUCUCAAAUACCCAGGAUGGCCCACAAUCUGCGUCCUUCAGGUCUGCCUGCAGACAAAGAUAACUCUUUGAGUGUGUCUCGAGUGACAGUGAAGACACCAGACAGCGAGAAAGACUUUGUGGUAACUGAUGACACCUCGGUGAGGCAGUUCAAGGAGAAGCUAUCGGCUCACUUCAAAUGCAAAAUGGAUCAACUAGUGCUGGUCUUCAUGGGCCGCCUUCUGAGAGACCAUGACACAUUGAGCCAGAGGGGUAUCUUGAAUGGCCAUACUAUCCACUUGGUCAUCAAGAGCAAACGGGGCUCCGGAUCCAUAGCCAGUUCUGCCCAGAACUUGCCAACGAAUGAGCCUUGCCACCAGGACAGAAACAACAAAAUCACCAAAGGAAACAAAAGUGGAGUAUAUCAACCGACUGGUGUACGUUCCACUCCAGUGAAACCAUCGGGUUAUAUGGAAUCUAAUACGUUCAAAGCAUCAAACCAAGACCUGAAAAUGGGUAGUCAAGCGCAUCUAGCACCGAUGCUAGAGAAUCCUAUCAUCCAGUGGCUUUUGUCCAACAGGGAUGUCAUUGACCAGUUCAUCGCAGAACAUCCAGACAUGCAGCAAUUGAUGCAGCAGGACCCAGAGAUUUCACACAUCCUUGACAAUUUUGCAAUAUUAUGUCAGACUCUGAAACUGGCCAGAAAAUUUGCCAAGAUUCAAGAGACAGUGCAUGUCUGUCAACCUGCACAGAAUCUUGAGCAACCUCUCUACCCACAAUCACACUUGAGUUUUGAGACAAUCUCUAGUGGGGAAAAUGCCCUAGGUCAGAGUUAUCCUGAUUACAAUGAUCAAGUGUUGACCAGCUUAAAGGAUCCAACUAUGAACAAUGCUUUCACAGCUUUUCUGCGAAGACAGGCGUCAGAAGUUCAAUUCUCAUCCUCAUCUGCAUCGUCACCCCAGGAGCAGACACAACAGCUCCCACAGAUCCCUAAAACCCAAGCUAUUUAUACUAAUUCUUGUGACUUAUCCUCAAUUUCAUCAACUAAUAAUGAUCAGAAGAGACCAAGUCAUACUUUUGGGGCCAAUAAAUCAACUAUCCACACCAAGGGCAGACACCAUACCUGUGCUAUUCAAGAGUCAGCUGGGGUCUUACCUAGCUUAGAAAUUUCUCACCAUCUACAGACACCCACUGGUAUGCUAGGUAGAAUUAACAAGAUAUCAAAAGAAGAUGACCAGUUGUCAGGUAAGCACACCCAAUCCAUGAUCGCAGGAAGCAUGAUGCAGAUGCUUUCGGAUAACCCUAACUUAGCAGUUCAGAUGAUGCUAUUCAUGAAUAUGCCCCAGCUGAAUGAACAGUGUAAGCAAAACUUGGCCACCCUUUUGCUGCAGACACAGAUUUAUGAUAUGCUUCUAUCCCUGGCCACCCCCAAAACAUCACAAGCCAUGCUACAAAUUGAGCAGGGUCUGCAGCUAUUGGCCACAGAGGCUCCUGUUCUUCUAACUUGUGUUGCACCAUAUCUAUGGGGCUUGGGUUGGCUUCCUGCCCCCAAAUCCACAUCCUCUGAUAUAGGGCGCUGGGCCUGUAAUAUGCCAGAAAUUUCUGAAAUCAAAGGGCCUGAGUGCUCCAAAAAAUAUGAAAACAUUUUCCAGAGGAUACAGUCUCUAAUUGGAGACUCUUCUCAAGCCCCUGAGACUCGAUUCAGCAAUCAAAUGGAAUCUCUUCAAGCCAUGGGGUUUGGGAACAAUCAAGCUAAUCUGCAGGCACUUAUUGCCACAAAGGGGGACACAUGUGCUGCUAUCCGAAAGCUCAGGAGAUCCCAGGGGCUCUAA